AUGGAGUCCGUGGCGUUAUUUAACUAUUUUCGUGAUUUGCCUAAAACAUAUAAGGAUUUAUAUAGACUUAAAUUGGGUACAAUGAAAAGCGUCCUUAUACUCAAUCCAGAGGAUGUAGAGACUGUGCUGACCAAUACAAAACAUAACAAAAAAGGCUAUCUCUACUUCUUUCUCCGCCCUUGGUUGAAUGAUGGUCUCCUACUAAGUAGCGGUGAAAAGUGGUAUGAACGAAGGAAAAUUCUCACCCCUGCAUUUCAUUUCAAUAUUCUUCGCCACUUCAGUACCAUUCUCAUUGAAAAUACAGAAAAAUUUAUUGAAAGCCUCGAAUCAGAAGUCGACAAGCAAAAAACAGAUAUUUAUCCUUUUAUAGCAAAUAUGACUUUGAAUUCAAUAUGUGAGACAGCAAUGGGAACCCAACUGGAUGAAGAGACGUCAGGCAUAGGCCAACGUUAUAAAGACGCAAUACAUACACUGGGAACAUAUAUACUUUACAGAGGACAACGAGUUUGGUUCCAUUCAGAUUUUCUUUUUAAUUUAAGCUCAGUUGGUCGCAAACAAAAGGAUUUGUUAAUUUUAUUAGCAACAUUUCGGGACCACGUAAUUAAACAACGUCGAGAUAACGGGAAUUACAAGAAUUUAUAUGCAGAAGUAAUGAACGAUCCUGAAGAAGAUUUCUAUAGCCAUAAGAAGAAGCGGUUGGCAAUGUUAGAUUUAUUAUUAGACAUUGAGGAGCAGGGAAAAAUAGAUACAGCGGGAAUUAACGAGGAAGUCGAUACAUUUAUGUUUGAGGGACAUGAUACAACUUCAACAGCUCUUCUGUUUACUUUAAUGUUACUGGCCAACCAUCAAGAAGAACAGGACAAAGCGUUUGAAGAAUGCUUAAGGAUUUUUGAUACAUCUAAACGGACUGCUACCAUGAGUGAUCUUGCAGAGAUGAAGUACCUAGAAAGUUGCAUCAAAGAAUCACUGAGGCUUUACCCACCUGUAUAUUUUAUAUCAAGGACCUGUGAUGAUGCACUUAAUUUAAAAAACUACAAGUGUCCACCUGGAAUGGAUUGUACUAUUUUAAUUUUCGAUUUACAUCGACGCAGUGAUCAGUUUGUGGAACCAAUGCGAUUUCGUCCGGAAAGAUUCAUGGAAGAGCCUACUUGGCACCCUUUUGCAUAUAUACCAUUUAGCGCAGGACCUAGGAAUUGUAUAGGUCAAAGAUUUGCAAUGAUCGAAAUGAAGUUAGUGUUAUCAGCGGUGCUGCGUAAAUAUCGGCUGUUGCCCGUUACUAAGCCUCAAGAUAUUAGUUUUGUCGUCGACAUAAUUCUGAGACCAAAGGAUCCCAUUUAUGUUAAAUUUGAAGAACGA